GCAUGGAAUGUAGGUAUUAUGAUUAUGGAAAUCUUGGAUUUUAGAAAUAAUGUAAAGAGACUGCAAAAACAGCUAGCUAUUAGCAUGCCUUGCUAUGAUAAUACAUUUCCAAGAAUAAAUAUGUUUUCAUUCUUAGUUACUGCCAACAGAUGUGCAUAAAAUGAGAUGUGAAUGUUUUAAGGUUUUACUGAUGUUUCCAGCAAUUAACAAACAUUAUUCACUAAUUACUUAAACAUUCACUUGAUUAUCAAAUUUCAACAAAGGCAUUAAAAAACCAACAUGAGAAUAUCAUUUCUAUCUCAUCGAUCAUUAAUCUUUCAGAGUAAUGGAGUCUUUUGGAGAUGUGAGAACAACAUGUGGCCUUGAAACCCUUAACCAGUAUCUGGAGACCCGCAGCUAUCUUCAGGGACACUCUCCCUCUCGCAUGGAUGCCGAAGUAUUUAAUGCACUUUCCAAGGCUCCUCAGGACACUUACAGUCAUGUUCUUCGUUGGUACAACCACAUCAAGUCCUUAGAAAUUGAACUACGGUUGUCUAUUGGAGAAAACCCUACACCUGUUAAAAUGUCAGACCACCUGGAGAUGAAUGGAGAGAUGAAUGGUCAUCAUGAUGAUCAUGAUGAUGAUGAUAGUAAAGAAAUGAAAAUGGGCUCUGAAAAUGAAAACUGUGAAGAUGAUAUAGACCUUUUUGGCUCUGAUAGUGAAGAAGAAACUUUUGAGGCUGCUAGAGUAAGAGAACAAAGGCUGCUUGAAUAUGCUGAGAAGAAGUCAAAGAAGUGUGCACCUGUAGCAAAGUCAUCUGUUUUACUGGAUGUGAAACCAUGGGAUGAUGAGACGAACUUAGAGGCCAUGGAAGAACAUGUACGGUCACUAAGAAUAGAUGGUCUGCAAUGGGGUGCCAGUAAGCUGGCUCCACUGGCUUAUGGCAUUAAUAAGUUAUCAAUUCUUUGUACUGUUGAAGAUGAGAAAGUUUCAAUUGAUGAUUUAGUGGACAAAAUAUGUGAGUUUGAAGACUAUGUGCAGUCAGUUGAUAUAGCAGCUUUUAACAAGAUAUAAGAAAUACCUAAUGGAUCCUUUGUAUCCCUUGUGUGGAAUCAACAUACAGCGUUCUUCGUAAAACAAGUAUUUUACUACAUAAAUAGCUUAAAGUCUCCUCUAUCUUAUUAGUUCUAAGUAAUCUUAUCAAUUUCAGUGUUUAAGUAACCUAAUUUUUUUCUGAAAUGCUUAACAAAGUAAUUCUUAAUUUCUUACAGUAUACAACACCUAAACAAUCAACUGCAUUUGUAUUGAAUAUUUGUAAUAAGGAGAUAUGAACAAAGGAAACAUUAUUAUCCUUUCCCAGAACCUUUGAGUCUCGUGUAGGUUUAAAACAUUUGAGAAUUUAUUUAGUAUGUAUUAUCAACACAAUGUUUGCAGUGCUAUUAAAAUUAAAGAUGCAUUUAUUUACCCA